AUGGCCAAAUUCUAUAGAAAAGAAGAUUUUGAAAAAUUGAUGGUUAAGGUGGAAAAAAUUGAUUAUCGGGUUAAGGAGUAUCUUGAGAAUGUUGUGUAUGUAAAAUGGUCAAGAGUUCAUGCAACAAUAAACAGAGGAAGAAUGAUGACUUCUAACAUCGCUGAAUGUAUCAAUGGAUGCCUUGUUGAGGCACGACAGUUACCUAUAUUAGAAUUCUUGGAGGAGGCUAGAAUUCUACUUGAUUCUUGUCACUGUAAAAAUAGAGAGAUUUUCUCGUAUACAAAGGAAAUAUUAGGGAGAAGGUUUGAAAAGAUUUUGAUUAUAGCGUCUAAAAGUUCAAGAAUGAAGGUUGUUCCAUCAUUUGAGUUUAUGUUUUCAGUUUAUGAAUCUGGAAGAAGAUACAUUGUAUGCCUUGAGCGAAAAAUAUGUAAUUGUGGAAGAUUUCAACUAGAUGAGAUACCUCGUGCACAUGAAAUUGCUGUUUUAAAAAGCAAAAAUGUUAUAGAAAUGCAUCCAAACUACUCUGAUUACUACAAACCAGAUGCAUUAGCUAAAAUUUAUGAGGUUCCAAUGAUUUCAAUGCCUGAUAAAGAAGAUUGA